ACCCGGGAGGGGCGGGGGGCCAAAGGAGGUGGGCCACUCAAUUAGCCAGCUUUGGGGCUGGCGGCGAGUUAGUGACAGGCGCGCGCUCGGCCAUCGCCUCUGCCCCUUUGCUUGUGAGCACUCGCCCUGGCGCCCGGAUAUUUUAGGAAGACGUGACUUUCAAAGCUAAUUAUGAAAACAUUUGUCAUUGGAAUCAGUGGUGUGACAAAUGGUGGGAAGACAACACUGGCUAAGAAUUUGCAGAAACAUCUCCCAAACUGCACUGUCAUAUCUCAGGAUGAUUUCUUCAAGCCAGAAUCUGAGAUAGAGACAGAUGAAAAUGGAUUUCUGCAGUAUGAUGUGCUUGAAGCGCUUAACAUGGAAAAAAUGAUGUCUGCCAUUUCCUGCUGGAUGGAAAGCUCGAAACACUCUCUGGCAUCAGCAGACUGUGGAAGCUCUGAGGAAAUUCCCGUAUUAAUCAUCGAAGGUUUCCUUCUCUUUAAUUACAAGCCCCUUGACAGUGUAUGGAACAGAAGCUAUUUUCUGACCAUUCCAUAUGAAGAAUGUAAGAGGAGGAGGAGUACAAGGGUCUACGAGCCUCCAGACCCCCCAGGGUACUUUGAUGGCCAUGUGUGGCCCAUGUAUCUAAAGCACAGACAAGAGAUACAGGACAUCACGUGGCAAAUUGUUUACCUAGAUGGAACAAAAUCUGAAGAGGACGUCUUUUCACAAGUGUAUGAAGAUGUAAUACAAGAACUAGCAAAGCAAAAGGGUCUGCAAGAAACAGCAUAAAGAUGGAAUGCACCAAAUCCUUCCUGGGGUGAAUUAGGAAACUCGAAGGAAUAAAAUCAAGAACCUUCCCCAGGAUACAAUAUGUACAUGGGUACAAUGAUGGCUGUUGUUUUGUUUGUUUAUUCUGUCACACAUGAUUCUACCAACUUGUGGAACAGGACAUAUUCAUCCAUGACGGCGGACAGGAACUUACCUUAAUGAGUUGUUCUCACUCCACGGAGUGCAAGAUAUAGCAUAGCUCACAGUGAGUCAGUUUCUCUAGCCCAAUGACUGUCAGAGUUUUCUAAAUGGGACCCAGAGUAAGAAGUGAUUUAUAUCACAAUCCAGUAUAUAUAUAAUCUAUUGUGUGUAUAUUUGUAUGGGUGUGUCUAUAUGUAUAUAUAUGUAUAAAUGUGUGUGUGUAUGUGUAUAUAUACACACACGUAUCAAGUAUCACAAAACACUUACCUUAUAUGUGAUACACCCUGAUAUUUUUCUAUUUUUAGCUUUUCUUUAAAAUAUUGGUUACCAUCCCAUACCAAUGCCUACCUCCUGCAGAUAAUGGCAUUAUCAGAAGUAGCAGUCACAUUGAAUAAAUCAACAAUUUACUGCAGUAUCUUUUUUAUGUGUUGUUGUUGUGGCUGUUGUUGUUUUGUGUGUGUGUCUAAAACCACUGGAUCAUUGUUGAGACUUUGUCACAAAUAGAGGUGUUUUCCUGUGUUUUGUUCUUGUCAAACCAAUGGUCUAAAGUCACAGAAAUAAGUUACCUCAAUGAUAUGUAAUACAGGGGAACCUGCGUUGAAAAGCACAGGCAGGAGAUCUAAAUUGUUAAUUUUUUGAGGCCUCUUUAGAUGCUAGGAUUUAAGUUAUCUACGGUCCUGAUCAACUUUGUGUUUACUAAUAACAUGGAUAGCUCACACCCCUCUCAAUCCUUACAGAUAUAAAAUAUGUUGUUACGUUAAUUUUAAACAUUCUCCCCAGACUCAUUUGAUCAUCUCCCGUUAUUUCUGUAUUUCUAACUAGCUUGCACUCAGUGAUGAUUAGGGGGUUUUUUGGUCACACACCAAACAAAGAAACAAACCAACCAACCCUGGCUCAAAUCACAGUUCAUCCAUUUAAUAGCUAUAUGACUUUGAUCAAGCUAUUUAAAGUCCUGAUUUCCUCUUUUUUAAGAUGGGGAUAUCAACAGUUAUUUAAUAUAGGUGGGUAGUGUAGAGUAAGAAUAAAGUCAAAAGUCUUAAUAGAACCUCCAAGGUGUUCCCUGAUCUAGCUUCUGUGUGCCUCUCCACCUCAUUUCCCAUCACCCAAUCCGUGGCUGUUCAGCCACUGGGGCCCCUCUCCUCAAAUGUACCAGGACCCUUCCUGCCUCAGGGCGGCCACACGUGCUGCUCCCAGUGCUUGCUGCAAACUUCCACAAGCAUUCUCUUCAGAUCGCCCCUAAGAUCCCACCUCUGAUCCCCUGCAUAGGUGCUCUCUAAGCUCCCCUACUUUUCCUUCAGAGCACUGAUCAUAAUUGGAAUCGGAAUAAUUGAAAUCAUACUGCCACUCAGAGAAGCAGUUGUUUAGUGGCUGUCUCUCCAGCUAGACGACAAACUCUAGGAAGGCAGGACCUGCCUCUGUGACUUAGUUACAAACACAUCCCUGCUAACUAGCACAGUGUCUGGCACAUGAUGAACACACAAGAAAUGUUAGGCACUUUUUUUUGCUGAGGAAAAUAGGCCCUGAGCUAACAUCUGUUGCCAAUCUUCCUCU